AUGGGCGUCGAUUACUACAAGGUGCUUGGCGUCAGCCGCAACGCCACGCCGAAUGAGAUCAAGAAAGCGUACCACCAGCUCGCUCUCAAGUAUCACCCCGACAAGAACACUGACAACCGUGAAAAGGCCGAGCGCAAGUUCAAAGAAGUGAGCGAAGCGUAUGACGUGCUCAGCGACGAGAAGAAGAAAAAGAUCUACGACCUCUAUGGCGAGGAGGGCUUGAAGGGUGGAAUACCGGAGGACGGUGGCUCCGGUAUGGGCGGCGCAGGCAUGCACUUUGGCGGCAUGCCGGGUGGUAUGCCAGGCGGCGCCCGCGGCGCCACGUACCAGUUCUCCAGCACAGACGCCUUCAAGAUUUUUAAUCAGUUCUUCGGCACGUCGGACCCGUUCGCCGGGGGAGAGGCCUUUGGCGGCGGUGGCCCGGGGCUCCAUCGCGUUUUCCGCGGCUUCGGCGGCCCGGAGGGAUUCGCGUCGAGCUUUGGCACCCCACAGUCGUCUCCGAUGUGCGACGUGCCGCCGAUGGAGUACACGUUCGCUUGCACGCUGGAGGAAAUCUACACUGGCUGCACAAAGAAGUUCAACGUGUCGCGCAACAUGCCAUCGGGGCCGGAGAAGAAAAUGUUUGAGGUGAAGGUGCUGCCGGGGUACAAAAAGGGCACGAAGAUCCGCUUUGAGCGCGAGGGCGGGCAAGUUGAGGGUUACCCGCCAAAUGUACUCGCCGACAUGGUCUUUAUCUUGGACGAGCGGCCACACCCACGGUUUGAGCGACGUGACGCGAACCUUCACACGACCUUGCACAUCAACCUCAAGCAGGCUCUGCUCGGCAGUACCGUGUUCGUAAAGGGCAUUGACGGGCAGACGAUCUCCCUGCCUCUUAAUGGCGUCAGCAAAAGUGGUCGCAAGCUGCGCGUGUCGGGAUCCGGGUUGCCUGACCGCAAGAUGAACCGCAACGGCGACCUGUACGUCACCAUCGCAGUUGACUUUCCCGACUCGCUGACCGAAGACACAAAACGUUUGAUUGAGAAGUGUACCUUCUAG